AUGGCCCUUGGUCGUUCUGUUUCCCCAGAAGCCUCCACUCCCAUCCUGGCAGCAGGGCGUCAGAUCUGGGAAGUUGGAGAUGGAGGGGGCUGGGCCCUACGUGCUGCCUCACAUGGCCUGGGUGACCUCUUGACCCUACUGGGCCCGAGGCCACAGGCUCUGCCCACGCUGGUCAAUAAGGAGGCCCCAGUCAAGGUUGUCCCUCAGUGGGCAGCUGCCAGCCCGCCAGCCUGCCGCCACGACAAUCAUUUAGCUGUCAUUAAGGAAAUGGGAGUCCAGAGGAGUUUGGAUUCUGGUGCUGCUGCUGGGCGCUACCUGGGACCAGGGCCGCACGUCUUUUCCAAUUGGUGUGAUUUCGAGGACAACUCCAAGCCGCUCUGUGAAUGGUCCCAAGUAUCCGCAGAUAAUGGUGACUGGACUCGAACCAGGGGGCUCGCCCGGGCUAGCACCUCCGGGCCCCCCGGGGGGUUCCCCAAUGGAGGUGAGGGGCCUGGGGAAAGGGAGGAUGGGUGGGUGGGGACUGCGGGAGCGGACCCGGGCACUGAGAUGCGGAGGAGGUGGCAGCACUACGUGGGGGUGGACCGCUUGGUCGGCAGCGUCCUGACUCAGCCUCCUGCAGAGGGCUACUACCUGCGCAUGGAGUCGGGCAGCUUCCCCAGGGGCGGCGUGGCGCGCCUGCUCAGUCCGAUGCUUUGGGAGUCGGGUCCGCUGUGCCUGCGCUUCGCCUACCACAUGUUCGGGCUGUCGUCGGGCUCGCAGCUCCGGCUGCUGCUGCUCACCGGCUCGCAGAACACCCAGCCCACCGUGCUCUGGAAGGUGGAGAACACCCAGAGCCCCUCCUGGAUGCCCACUGCCGUCACCAUCCCCGCGGAGCUCGCCCUGCCCAGCCAGCUGAUAUUCGAGGGGAUGAGGGGCAGCACCGCCUACCUGGACAUCUCUCUGGAUUCCAUCUCCAUCCAUCGGGGCACCUGCAAUCGGGGACCCCCAGAAAAACUGCCCGGAGUGGCCAGAGUGGAGGCAGCCAGCCCCUUCUGCCCCAUCCCUGGGACCUUUGAAGCAGCCUCACCCCAAAAAGAGCUGUGGGACACCUGGUCUGCAGCACUAGUGUGCCUAGCUGAUAGAGGGUUAGGGGAUGAGUGUCAGGAACCCAGCUUCUGCGUGAUGCAGACGUGCAGCUUUGACAUCCCAGAUGACCUCUGUGGCUGGAGCUGGGUCCCCACUGCAUCUGGGGCCAAGUGGAGCCAGUGGAAGGGACCAUCGGGGAAGCCGGGCGUGGGGCCGAAUGAUGACUUCUCCAGCCCUGGUGGCUUCUACAUGCUCCUGGACCCCAAGUAUGCCAAGCCAGGGCAGAAGUCGGUGCUCCUGAGCCCACUGAGCCACUCGACUGGCUGUCUGACACUGUCCUUCCACUAUACCCUGUGGGGCCAGGCUCCAGGAGCAGCUCUUCUGGUCUACGGCUCAGUCUCAGGCAGCAUCCGGAAACACACACUCUUCUCAGGACAACCUGGAUCUAACUGGCAGCCUGUUUCUGUCAAUUACACGGGACAAGGACAGAUCGAGUUCAGCGUGGUGGGCGUGUUUGGUGAGACCCCAGAGCCGGCGGUGGCAGUGGAUGAAGUCAGCAUUGCUCCCUGUGAAGAGAGCUUUCCCCAGUGUGACUUUGAAGACAGUGCCUAUCCCUUCUGUGACUGGAGACACACCUUGGGGGACAGUGGCCAAUGGGCCUGGGGAAGCGAAAACAUGUCCACCCGUGGUGUAGGCUCCUUCGGAGAGGCCCUGUUUGGAGGCGAGCACUAUGUCUACCUGGAUACCGACAGGUCCUCCCAGGAGGGACAGUUGGCGAGGCUGGUGAGCCGGCCCUUCUGCGCCCCAGGCAACGUCUGUGUGGAGUUUUCUUACCACAUGUAUGGUCUCGGAUAUGGUGCCACGCUCAGGCUUUUGCUGCAGAGCCCCGCGGGCAGCACCCCCAUCCCACUCUGGGAGCGCAUCGGGCCUCAGAAGCCCAACUGGCUAAACGCCUCUGUCACCAUCCCUUCGGGACAUCAGCAGCCCAUGCAGCUAAUUUUGGAGGCCAUCCGGGGGAGCAAUGCUGCCUUUGUGGUUGCUGUGAGUUUCAUCUUUAUCAGUCAAAGGGCUUGUCGAGCACCAGUGCCAACAGCAGUGCUUCCUACCACUUCCCCUAUGGAAAAGUCAGAAAAACCUACAGUCCUCACAGAAGAACCCACUGUGCCUGCUAAAGAAAUCACCGUCCGCAUGGAAGGACUCGCCAUUUCUACCAAAGAAUCUACUGUCCCCACAGGAAAACCUGCCAUUCGCACUGAAUGGACCACUAUCCUCACAGAAAAACUCACCAUUCCCACUGAAUGGACCACUGUCCCCACAGUUAAGCCCACCAUUCCCACUGAAGGGGCCACGGUCCCCACAGAAAAACCUGCCAUUUCCGCUGUGGAGACCCCUACACCCACAGAAAAACCCACCAUUCCCACUGAAGGGACCACAAUCCUCACAGAAAAGUCCACCAUUCUCACUGAAGGGAGCACCACCCCCACAGAAAAGCCCACCAUUUCCACUGAAGGGAGCACCAUUCCCACAGAAAAGCCCACCAUUCCCACUGAAGGGACCACCAUCCCCACAGAAAAACCUGCCAUUCCCACUGAAGGGACUACUGUCCCCACAGAAAAGCCCACCAUUCCCAUCGAAGGGACCACAAUCCCCACAGAAAAGCCCAUCAUUCCCACUGAAGGGAGCACUGUCUCCACAGAAGAGCCCACCAUUCCCACUGAAGGGAUCACCACCACCACAGAAAAGCCCACCAUUCCCACUGAAGGUUCCCCCAUUCCCACUGAAGGGACCACUGUCCCCACAGAAAAGCCCACCAUUCCCACUGAAGGUUCCGCCAUUCCCACUGAAGGGACCACUGUCCCCACAGAAGAGCCCACCAUUCCCACUGAAGGGAUCACCAUCCCCACAGAAAAGCCCACCAUUCCCACUGAAGGGGCCACCAUUCCCACUGAAGGGACCACCAUUCCCACUGAAGGGACCACUGUCCCCACAGAAAAGCCCACCAUUCCCACUGAAGGGACUACUGUCCCCACAGAAGAGCCCACCAUCCCCCCAGAAGAGCCCACCAUUCCCACUGAAGGGACCACCAUUCCCACUGAAGGGACCACUGUCCCCACAGAAAAGCCCACCAUUCCCAUUGAAGGGACUACUGUACCCACAGAAGAGCCCACCAUCCCCCCAGAAGAGCCCACCAUCCCCACAGAAGAGCCCACCAUCCCCACAGAGGAGCCCACCAUCCCCACAGAAGAGCCCACCAUUCCCACUGAAAGUAUCACCAUUCCCACAGAAAAGCCCACCAUUCCCACUGAAGGUUCCACCAUUCCCACUGAAGGGACCACCAUCCCCACAGAAAAGCCCACCAUUGCCACUGAAGGGAUCACUAUCCCCACAGAAGAGCCCACCAUUUCCACUGAAGGGACCACCAUUCCCACAGAAAAGUCCACCAUUACCAUUGAAGGAACCACCAUCCCCACAGAAGAGACCACCAUUCCCAUUGAAGAGACCACCAUCCCCACAGAAGAGACCACCGUUCUCACUGAAGUGACCACUGUCUCCACAGAAAAACCCACCAUUCCCACUGAAGGGGCCACUGUCUCCACAGAAAAACCCACCAUUCCCACUGAAGUUUCCACCAUUCCCACUGAGUGGUCCACUGUCUCCAGUGAAAAAGCCCUUAAUGCUGAAGAGACCAGCAAAGAUCUGUCCUCCACAGAAAAACCCAUUGUCACCAUUGAGAAGACCAAAGCAUGUCUGCUCUCGUGCUCCACCUCCACUUUCCUGCCCACUGAGCCCACAGCCCUGAUGAUGCCUCUAGAAGCUUCAGGUGCCUCCAUGACCAACAACAUACCAGCUAUCACUACAAACCCUGCCCCCACCACAGCGAACUGUCCCCCAAAUGCCCACUACGAAUCUUGUGCGUGCCCGGUGUCCUGUGAGAACCCCAAGCCCAGGUGCAUGCUGCCUUGCCACCCAGGCUGCGUCUGCAAUCGUGGUUUCCUGCUCAGUGCCAGACGGUGCAUCAAGGCCUCAUCCUGCAACUGUAUCUAUGGCAAUAAGAGGUAUAAGCCUGGGCAGAAGUGGUUCGGCCCUAACUGUACAAAGUACUGUAGCUGCUGGCCAGGCAACCGGAUGAAGUGCCAGCGCGCUCGGUGUGGGAUACACUCUGUGUGCCGGCUGAAGGAUAACAAGUAUGGAUGCUACCCAUACGACACUGCCACCUGCUUUGUGUAUGGGGACCCUCAUUAUGUCACCUUUGACAAGAGGCAAAUUGGCUUCACUGGCAAAUGCACGUACAUCUUGGCCCAGCCUUGCAACUCCACAGAGCCAUUCUUCAGGGUGACAGCAAAGAAUGAGGAACGGGGACAGGAAGGUGUGACCUGCCUGAGUAAAGUCUCUGUGACCCUGCCAGAGACCACCGUCACCCUACUCAAGGGCCGACAGACCUUGGUUGAAGGCCAGAAAGUCACCCUACCAAUCAUGCCUGCCAAAGGUGUCUUCGUGGGUCCAAGUGGGCGAUUUGUGGAGCUGAAGACGGUGUUUGGUCUGCGUGUGAGAUGGGAUGGCGAGCAGCAGCUGUUUGUGACGGUGUCCAGUGCCUACGCUGGCAAACUCUGUGGUUUCUGUGGCAACUAUGAUGGGGACAGCAACAACGACAGCCUGAAGCCGAACGGUAGCCCAGCACUGGAUGAUGAGGAGCUGGGGAACAGCUGGCAGUCAGCCGAGGAUGAGGGCAGGGACCACCCUUGGCUCUGAGCACUGGGCUGUCUGCCUUCCAGGUGCCUGCCGGACCAGGCAGACUUCCCUCUCUGUGACGUGGCCUUGAAGAGCACCAUAUCAGGGCCCAGGUUCUGUGGCAGCCUGAUGGACUUGAGAGGACCAUUUGAGACCUGCCUGCUGCAUCUGAAGGCCUCUCUCUUCUUCGACAACUGCGUGUCGGACCUGUGCAACUUCCAGGGGCUCCCAGUGAUGCUGUGUGCCCACCUGUCAGCCAUGACGGCAGCCUGCCAGGACGCUGGCUACCCCGUGAAGCCCUGGAGGCGACCCCAGUUCUGUCCCCUCAACUGCCCAAGCAACAGCAGAUACUCCCUGUGCACCAGUCCCUGCCCAGAAACCUGCCACAAAGCCUUCAACAAGCCCUGCCGGGGCCGGUGCGUGGAAGCCUGCGAGUGCAACCCGGGAUUCGUGCUCAGUGGCCUGGAGUGUGUGCCCUGGGCCCGGUGUGGGUGCCUUGGCCCCACAGGGCGCUACUUCAAGCUAGGGGAGCGCUGGUACAAGCCAGGGUGCAAAGAACUCUGCGUCUGUCGCAGCAACAAUCGCAUUCACUGCCGGCCCUGGAAGUGUCAGGCGCAGGAGGCCUGUGGCCACCGGAGAGGCCUAUACGGCUGCUACGCCCAAAGUUCUGCCACCUGCACUACCUUGGGUGACCCUCACUACCUGACAUUUGAUGGAGCCCUGCACCACUUCCUGGGGACCUGUACUUACAUCUUGACACAGCCUUGCUGGUCCAAGUACCCGGAGAACAACUUUGUCGUGAGCGCCAGCAAUGAAAUCCGCGAUGGGAACAUGGAGGCCGUCUAUGUCAAGGCUGUUCACGUGUGGGUCUUGGACCUCAGGAUCUCACUGAUCAAAGGCCGUAGGGUGAUGCUGAAUGGCCAUCAGGUGGCCCUCCCUGUGUGGUUGCUGCAAGGCCGGGUGACCAUUAGCCUCAGUGGCUCCUUUAUCCUGCUCUACACGAACUCUGGGCUUCAGGUUCGCUACGAUGGGAACCACCUGGUGGAGGUGACAGUGACCUCCUCCUAUGCCGGCCAGCUCUGCGGGCUCUGUGGGAAUUACAACAACAACAGCUUGGAUGACAACCUGGGCCCAGAUGGGAAGCCCAUGGGCAGCUCCUCCCAGCUGGGGGCCGCCUGGAGGUCCUUGGAAGGCUCUGAGCCAGGUUGCUUUGUGGCUGGUACUGAGCCCUCCAGCUGCCCAGAGGAUGACAAGAUAGACACUUGGAGUAAGAACUGUGAGAUCUUGACAAACCCCCUAGGGCCUUUCUCCAACUGCCACCAGCUGGUACCCCCGCAGGCCAGCUUUGUCAGCUGUGUGCAGGGCCAGUGUGGGUCCAACGGUGACAGCCUGGCACUGUGCCGCUCCCUGCAUGCCUACGCAUCCCUAUGUGCCCUGGCUGGCCAGGUUCUUGCCUGGCGCAACGAUACCUUCUGCCCUCUGAGGUGUCCACCUAAUAGCACCUACAGCUCCUGUGCCAGGCCCUGCCCGCCCACCUGCCUCAGCCUGAGCAACCCCAAGGACUGUCUGACCACGCUGCCCUGUACAGAAGGCUGCGAGUGCUGGAAAGGCCACAUCCUGAGCGGAACCUCCUGCGUGCCCCUUAACCAGUGUGGCUGCAUUGAGCCCCAGGGCUUCUACCACCCGGUCGGGGAGAGCUGGUACCCAGACAGGACCUGCACCUCCCGCUGCACCUGCUUGGCCCACAACAACAUCACCUGCCGCCAGGCCACCUGCCAGGAGAACCAGGUGUGCUGGCUCCACAACGGGCUGCUCAGCUGCUGGGCGCCAGGUGCAGGCGUCUGCAGGGCUUUGGGGGAUUUCAAGUACGUGGGCUUCGACAGCAGUAGCCACCUUGUCCAGAAUGCCUGUGCACACAUCCUGGUGAAGGUGUGUCACCCCAACAUGGACCUGCCUGUCUUCAAGAUAAGCACCAAGAGUGAGGGCAGGACCGGGGCUUUCAACCAUCGCCAGGUCUACAUUGAGGUGGCCAAUGUCCAGAUCAUUCUGCAGGAGGGCCACCAAGUGCUGAUCAAUGGCACACCUGUCACCCUUCCUGCCACUUCCCAGAUCACAGGGCUCAGCAUCACCUCCAGCGGCAUCUACACCAUGGUGCACCUGCAGCCUGGAGUGCAAGUCAAGUUUGACGGUCAUCGUUUCUUAGAGAUCAAAGUCCCUAUGGCUUAUUAUGGAAAGGUCUGUGGUGUGUGUGGGAACUUCAACGGGGAGGAGGAGGAUGAGCUGAUGAUGCCUAGCGAUGAGCCAGCCCAGGACGACCAUGAGUUCGUGGACAGCUGGAGAGACGAGGACAUUGACUCAGACUGCCAGGAGGAGGAUGAGCAGGCAGAGCAAACCCUGAACGGAAACUGCAGGCUGGAGGACAUUGAGAUGGCCCAGGCGCACUGCCAGGCGGCCCUGCAGGCUCCGGCCUGGGCCAAGUGUGCCACACGCGUGACUCUCAGGCCCUUCCUGCUGGACUGCACGAGCAAGCUCUGUGAGUUUGGAGGCCUCAGCCAGGCACUGUGUGAGGUCCUGCAGUCCUUCGGGGCCGCCUGUCAAAGCGAGGGCGUCAAGGUGCCGGUCUGGAGGAACGGCAGCUUCUGCCCUCUGAAGUGCCCAGCGUACAGCAGGUAUACCACCUGCACGCCUACCUGCCUGCCAUCUUGCUGGGACCUGGAUGGCCGCUGCGAGGACGCCACAGUCCCCUCUGCCUCCUCCUGCGCUGAGGGCUGCGUCUGUCAGGCUGGCUACGUGCUGAACGAGGACAAGUGUGUGCCCAGAAGCCAUUGUGGCUGCAAGGAUGCCCAGGGUGGUUUCAUCCCUGCCGGUAGGACGUGGAUCUCCAGAGGCUGCACCAAGCAAUGUGCCUGCUCUGAAGGAAUCGUUCAGUGCUGGGCCUUCCACUGCCCUCCUGGGUCCCACUGCCAGGACAACGAAGAUAGGGACAGCAACUGCGUCCCCAAUAAGUCGCAGCACUGCUCCAUCUUUGGGGACCCACAUUACCGCACCUUUGACAGCCGCAGCUACCACUUCCAGGGCCGCAUGACCUACAUCCUGGUGAAGACGGUGGACGACCUCCCCAGUGGUAUGCAGCCCCUGGUCGUGGAGGGGCGUAACAAGAUGUACUCACCCAGGAGCCCUGUCUUCCUGUAUGAAGUGAUCAUCAGUGUCUACAACUACAGAGUUCAGCUCCAGUACGGUCUGGUGCUUCUGGUCAACAGCCAGAAGAUGGCCUUGCCCUACAGGCCCAACAAGCACCUGCGGAUCAUCCUGCGCGGCCAGCGGCUGUAUCUGAUCACAGACUUUGAGCUGGUCAUCAGCUUCGAUGGGAGGAGCAGUGCCGUGAUCUCUCUGCCCAGAAUGUACCAGAUGCUGGUGGUCGGCCUGUGUGGGAACUAUGACGGCGACCGCAAGAAUGACUUCAUGCAGCCCAGCGGGAUGCUCACCCGCAGCAUCAGUGCCUUCGGCAAAAGCUGGGAAGUGAAGAACCAGGAGACCCUCCUCCGUGUCCCGAGGGCCUUCCAGGAAGAGGAAGAAGAGGAAAACUCAUACUCCCAAGCAGGGUCCCGGUGCAGCCCCGAGCAGCUGGCUCUCAUCAAUGGCACCCAGGCCUGCGGGGUGCUGGGGGACCCCCAGGGCCCUUUUGCUGCCUGUCACCAUGUGGUGGUCCCAGAUCCCUUCCAGGAGCAUUGUAUGGCGGAUCUGUGUACCACUCAGGACCCCAAAGAUCAAGAGGAGCUCCGAUGCCAGGUCCUCAGUGGGUACGCCAUUCUGUGCCAGGAGGAAGGUACCAGCCUGGCCAGCUGGCGGGACCACACCGGCUGCGCCAUGACAUGUCCAGCCAAUACAGUGUAUCAGAGCUGCAUGACACCCUGCCCGGCAACCUGUGCCAAUCUGGCAGCUCCGGGGGAAUGUGAGGGCCCCUGUGUGGAAGGCUGUGCCAGCCUCCCGGGUUACGCCUACAGCGGCAUCCAGAGCCUCCCCUUGGCCAGCUGUGGCUGCACCACCAAUGGCAUCUACUACCAGCUGGGUGACAGCUUCGUGGCUGAGGACUGCUCCCUGCAUUGCACCUGUGCCAGCUCCCAGGUCCUGCUGUGUAAGCCCUUCAGCUGCAGUGAUGGGGAGAUCUGCACCCUGGCCAACCUCACUCGGGGCUGCUUCCGGGAAAGCCCAUGCCUGUGGAACCCUUGUCAGAAUGACGGUCAGUGUGAGGAGCAUGGGUCCAGCUUCAUCUGCAAGUGUGAACUCGGUUACGGGGGAGACCUCUGCACAGAGCCUCAGGAUGUGCCAGCUCCUAGAGAGAAAGAAGCACCCAGCUUGGUGGCCAUCCUGCUGAGCAUGCUCAUGCCUGUCAUGGUCUUAGUCCAUGUGCUGAGCAGAGAGUGCAUUUGCAAGAGGAGGAAGAGAAGGAAGAGAAGGAAGAAAACAGAGCACAGAGCCCAGCUGCUGACCCCAGAUAUCAUUGCAGAGCCUACCUGCAAAGUCACAGUUCUGAGUUGACCUCAAACAAAGAGAUAAAAAAAAAAAAAAAACUUGUUUACUUAUUUAUUUAUUUAUUUAUUUUUUUUUUUACCCUCCCCAGUACUGGGAAUUGAACACUGGGCCUUUGCACUGGACCACACCCCUGACCCUUUUUUAUUUUGAGACAGUCUUUCCACUAAACUGCUAGAGUGCCCAAAUUGGGCUCAAAUUGCAAUCUUCCUGCCUCAGCCUCGCAAGAGUGCUGGGUUACAGAUGUGCCACCACACCCAGCUAGAAAUCCUGGGUCUGCCAAGGUAACUGGAAAGUCAUUGAGAAGCUCUAAGUUCCUAAUGAUGA